UCCAAGGAGCCUUCGGGAGGGAAGCUGCCCGCCCGAGAGAGGCUUCCUCCUGGGCCGCGUCUCCUUCGGCUCCGAUGGCCUCCCCCCGCCCGCCCAAGUGAGGUCUCGUCCUCCCGCGCCGCCGCCGCCCGUCCGCCGCCGCCUCUCCGGCUCGCAGGCCCGGGACCCGCCGGGGGAGCUGGCUGGCUCGCACCCCCGCCUGCCUCGCCCCUCCAGGGCCGCUCGGCGCGCUGCGGGUCGGGCCCCGAGAUGAUGCAGCAGCAGCAGGACGAGUCCAACUCGCCAGUCUCGCCCGCCGACGACAGCCUGAGCAACAGCGAGGAGGAGCCCGACCGGCAGCAGCAGCAACUCCAGGGCGGUGGUAAGCGCGGCGGGCGCAAGAGGCGAUCGAGCCGCCGGAGCGGCGCCGGAGCAGCAGCGGGCGCGGGCGCGGGGCUGGCCGCGGCCGACGAGCCGUGCAGCCCGGCGCAGGGCAAGCGGGGCAAGAAGUCGGGCGGCGCGGGCGGCGGCGGCGGCGGCGGCGGGAGCAGCAGCGGCGGAGGCAGCCCGCAGUCCUACGAGGAGCUGCAGACGCAGCGCGUGAUGGCCAACGUGCGCGAGCGGCAGCGCACCCAGUCGCUGAACGAGGCCUUCGCCGCGCUGCGCAAGAUCAUCCCCACGCUGCCCUCGGACAAGCUCAGCAAGAUCCAGACGCUCAAGCUGGCCGCCCGCUACAUCGACUUCCUCUACCAGGUGCUGCAGAGCGAUGAGCUGGACUCCAAGAUGGCCAGCUGCAGCUAUGUGGCCCACGAGCGCCUCAGCUACGCCUUCUCGGUCUGGCGCAUGGAGGGCGCCUGGUCCAUGUCCGCCUCCCACUAGCGCCCGCCGAGAGUAACGACGUUUCCUCCUCUCUCUGGGUCUCCGCAGAUGCCAGUGUUCCCAAAGAAGGAGAGAAAAUGGACAGUCUUGAGACAGACUCUGCACUUGGAUUCCCCCCCCCCUCCUUUCUUUCCCCUAAGACAAUAAUGCCAAGGAUUUUCUUGGAAAUUUCGAAGCGUCUUGGCCAAGUAUGCAAAGAGCAGGGCGCGGGGAGCGUUUCAGGCAAGAGACUCGAGGCCCCUUGGACAGGGGGCUGAUCCGGCGAGGCGGCUGAACUGACCACUCAUCUCUGCAUUCUGAUAGAAAUCUGAACCGGUUUUAAUUUUUUUUUUGACGAAGAAUGUUGGACUUUUAACUUUUUCUUACUUCCUUAUUUUGUGUUGUUGUUCUUGCAUGCAUGCAUUCCCAAGAGAUCUUAUGAGCCACUGAUGAAAGGAAAUACGUUUGCUGUGGACUCCCCCCCCCCCAUCAUUUUGAACAGAUCCAGUGACAAUCCAAACCGAAAGACCCCUUUCAGAGUGAGUGGGAAAGGGAAAUCUAUUUAAAGAAAUGUUUAGGGGGGCAAAAUAUUUUUUGGCUCAAACUCUUAAUAGCAAGCCUUUCUGGUUCCUCUUUUAUUUUUUAAUUCUUCCUGCGGGGGAGGAAAAGCCCCCCCAUGAAACAUUCUAUUUAUUUAUUAAUGACCCAUGUUAAAAUGCAAAUAGAUCCGGUGUCUAAAUGCAUUCCUAUUUUUAUGAUUGUUUUGUAAAUAUCAUUGUAUAUUUUUU